AUGGAAAAUUCACCAUCACCUUUAUUCACUCCGCCUGAAUAUAACACACCAGCCUCUGAAAUAAAGAUUGAGACUUACUCACCUGAAAAAAUAUCUGAAAAAUCCACUGUGAGAAGUCUUGAUGGCUCAAAUAAAAUUUUAUGUACAACUGCUGACUUAUUAAAAAGUCUUGAAAACCAUAACAUGGAAUUUGAUGAAGAAAACACGUUUAUCAGUCCAAAUAAUGACUGUGCCAAUAUACGAAGCGACUCUCCAUUAGUAGAGCCCAUUAUAGAUCCAUUGCUAACACUCAAUUCAGAGUACAGCGAAAACGCAUCGGAAGACUCUUCUCUCUUGGAAACCAAGUCACCAAAAAUUGAGCCAUCAGUCGACCCGUUCGUAUCACCGAGAAAGCAAGAUUCUGAUGGCUAUAUUGAUGAAUUGCUAUUGACAAAGCCUCUUUAUUUGAGCGAAAAGAAUAUGCUCCUUAAUCAGGAUAUUAAGAAAACAGGUCACUCAUCAUUGUCCCACAAUUCUUCUAUUUCAACACGCCAUGGAUAUGAUUCUCCUUACGUUGAUCCAAUAGUGGAGCCACUAUUGGACGACCCACUUGAUACUAUAAAAGAUGAUUCCUCUAUUGUAGAACCAAUCAUUGAUCCUUUGCUUACUCUAGCUUCUUCUACUUCAGAAAACUGCUCAGUUAUAAUUGAACCACUUUUAGAGCCUCUAAUGGAUACUUCUUUUAUCGAAGCAUUCUCAGAAAAUGAGGUUUCGUUCAGUCAGAAAAAAUCGUCCAUUGAUUUUAUUGUAGCUCACAAGCAAGAUAAAUCAAGCCUAGGCUUUGAUGGCGAGUUUAUGCUGGAUGUCCCUUCAUUUCAAAAUUUCGAUAACAGCACUCGCUAUUCUUUGGCAACUAUGGCAUUUUUAAAUCAAGUAUCUGAAAUUAUUAGUGAGGCUAUUACUCCCCCCCUCCGUGAGUGACAAAAAAAUUUUGUUUCACUCACGGAGGGGGUUAAUUUUUUUUUUUUAAAAUAUUUAUAUAUAAAAUUUAUAGAAUUUUUUUUUAAAAAAUCCUAAUUUGCAAAAAUUGGGAAGCAAUAUUACUUUAAUUUAUAAAAUUUAUAUUUUAAAACUCAUUUUAUUUAAAAUUAAACAGAAUUAGCUCUAUUAUAAUAAUAAUUAUCACUUAUAUAAAAAAAUUUUUCUAUUAAAAAAAUUUUUGUUCACUCAUGGAGGGUGGUUUUUUGGCAAAAAAUAGCGAUUUUUCCAAUGGUUUUGUUCACUCACGGAGGGGAGUAGUUAGGAGAAAAUGCAACUCAGGGUUCAAAAAAUUAGCCAGCCCAGUUCUUGAAAAGCAGCAAAUUCAGCUAAUAAACUUAAAAACUUAUAGUAGAUGGCUGCAUUUAAAGCAUAAAAGCCAGCACCUAACUCCUUCAGAAAAAAAAGACAUAAAAGCACAAUGCCUAGAAAGAAUGAUCAUGACUGGAAGAAUCAAUUUAGAACAAAGAGCACUCUGGAGGUGGAAUUUAAAGUCCUUUGGCGUAAAGCUGCAUCCCCCAUAUUGGAGAAGCCAGAAACAAUGUUCAGGAAUUGAACUAUUGGAAAGCAUAGUUGUAAAAUCAGGUAUCAGGCAUUUUGAUUUGCUAAAGAGAAGCUUUUUAAACUGGGUGAAUAUUGUAAAUUUCGAGAAAUUUCUCGAUUCUAAUGCAGAAAUCAUCGAAGAAGUUACUGAUGUUAUUGAAGAAGUUCAUAUAUCAAAAGUGACCAAAAAUGCUGAUGGUGAGAUAAUUGAAGUUGAAGAAAAAGACUUAACCAACUCCAGAGUUGGCUUGGCUUUAAUUAAGCAUGCACUUAGAAAGGUCAUUAACAAUGGAUUUUAUCGAUGGAAAAUGCAGACCAAGCUGCUAAGGCCAGUCAAGGCACCUACAAAAUCGAAUGCUUUACUUAAAUCUGUGUUUAGGAAUUUAGGUCAUAUACUUACCAAAAUAACCAGAAAAAGUUUUAAUGGGUGGAAAACUAAUAUUAAACUAGAAAAAAUCAAAAAAACUAUGCCAAAAGUUCGCAAAGAAAUGACCUUCCAAAACACUAAAAAUAUCAAAGCGAUUAUAUGCAAUUUGCAGCAUAUUUUGAAAGUCCCGCUGCUCCAAGCAUGGAUGAAGUGGAAUCAGGAAGAAUAUGAGUUUGAAGAAGAGGAAGUAAUAGUGCAAAACAUCAAAGUCACGAAUCGGUCAUUUACUUCUUUCUCAAUUCUUCACAAGCCUUUAUGUGUCAUUGAAUUUGAAAUCUCAGUUCAAACUAAUAAUGAUUUCGAUAUUCCUAGUAGAAGAGAUUCAGUAAAAUCCAGCAAAAGCAAUCCGCCACCUCAAGAGACUCCUAAUUUAUAUCUUAAAGGUGAAGCUGCAGAAAGAAUGGAAGAAUUAGUUCCUUAUAUGCAAACUGUAAGCAAGAAACGACACCUUUUGGAAGGAUUUAUGGUCAUAAAAUGGCUUGAUAGGUCAAAUAAUCUGCAUUUGCAAAACCUUAAAUUAAAAGCCAUGAUGAGCAGACUUAUUAGUAAAGAGGCAACUCCGCUAAAAUGCUUGUAUAGCUGGAGACUCAAUACUUUAAGAAGCUAG